AUGAGAGAAAUUCUUCAGGUGCAAGCGGGACAAUGCGGAAAUCAGAUUGGUACCAAGUUUUGGGAAGUAAUUUCUGACGAACAUGGUAUUCAGCCAGAUGGCUCUUAUGCUGGGGAAUCCGAUCUCCAACUUGAACGUCUCAGUGUCUAUUACACUGAAGCAAGUGGUGGGCGUUAUGUCCCACGAACCGUUCUUGUUGAUUUGGAGCCUGGAACAAUGGACUCUGUACGAAAUAGCCCAUAUGGAAAAUUAUUUCGUCCAGAUAAUUUCAUUUUCGGGCAGAGUGGCGCAGGAAAUAACUGGGCCAAAGGGCAUUAUACUGAAGGAGCAGAACUGGUUGAUAAUGUGCUUGAUGUUGUUAGAAAAGAAGCAGAAAAUUGCGAUUGCCUUCAGGGAUUCCAAUUAACUCACUCACUUGGUGGUGGUACUGGUUCAGGAAUGGGCACACUUCUUGUUUCGAAAAUACGGGAAGAAUUCCCUGAUCGUAUCAUGAGUUCAUUCUCUAUUGUGCCUUCUCCAAAGGUAUCAGAUGUUGUGCUUGAACCAUAUAAUGCAACUUUAUCUAUACAUCAACUUGUCGAGAACACGGAUGAAACAUUUUGUAUUGAUAACGAGGCAUUAUACGAUAUAUGUUUCCGAACGUUGAAAUUAACAAAUCCUAAUUAUGGUGAUCUUAACCAUCUAGUUUCGAUGACUAUGUCUGGAGUGACGACAUGUCUUCGAUUUCCGGGCCAACUGAAUGCAGAUCUCCGUAAGUUGGCAGUCAAUAUGGUUCCAUUUCCAAGGCUUCAUUUUUUUAUUCCUGGAUUUGCACCGCUAUAUGCUAGGGGUGCUGCCGCUUAUCAUGCAUCAAAUGUCGGCGAAUUAACGCAACAGGUGUUUGAUGCGAAGAACAUGAUGACUGCUUGUGAUCCAAGACAUGGUAGAUAUCUUACCGUUGCCGUUAUAUUCCGAGGCUUAAUGUCGAUGCGUGAGGUUGAUAAUCACAUGCUCAAUGUUCAAAAUAAGAAUUCAUCAUAUUUCGUUGAAUGGAUUCCGAAUAAUGUAAAAACUGCUGUUUGUGAUAUACCACCUCGUGGUCUAAAAAUGAGUGCAACUUUUAUUGGCAAUUCAACAGCCAUUCAAGAAGUUUUCAUACGCAUAUCGGAACAAUUUACUGCGAUGUUUCGUCGCAAAGCUUUUCUUCACUGGUAUACUGGUGAAGGUAUGGAUGAAAUGGAAUUUACUGAAGCAGAAAGCAAUAUGAAUGAUUUGAUAUCUGAAUAUCAACAAUAUCAAGAAGCUUCAGUAGAAGACACCGAUGAAUAUGAUCAAGAAGAUGCUAUGAGAAAUGAUAUGAUUGAUGAAACCGCUUAA